AUGAUGCAUUCCAACUUCUCCCAAAUCGGUGAUGAUGCCGAAUACCGAGCCACACUUCUCAAAUUGGCUGCGAAUCAGUGCCAGAUACAGACUGACGAUGUUGAAGACAUCUAUCCAUGCACUCCUGCUCAGGAAGGAUUAUUUGCUCUUUCUGUAAAGAGCCCAAGUUCAUAUGUCGCUCGUUACGUGUAUGAAUUGCCUGGUGAUAUCGACCUGGUGAGAUUCCGGCGUGCUCUGGAUGCAACUCUGGAGGCCCACACCGUUCUUCGAACAAGACUUAUUCAAGGAAACGAUGGCACCUUUCAGGUAGUGGUUCGACAACUUGACGUUGACCAGAGCUAUAACAACCUUGAUACGUAUCUGGCCGCAGAUACUCAACGGCCAAUGCCUCCAGGAGUACCAUUGCUCCGAGUGGCCCUUCUGGAUGGUCAACUUCAAAGUAAACCGACGCUGGUGUUGACUUUGCAUCAUGCUCUCUAUGAUGACUGGUCUUUGAAUGUUGUUCUCAAAGACAUUGAAAAAGUAUAUGAUGGGAACCUGUUGCCGAAGAGGCUUUUCGCGGACUUCACAGUCCAUGCGCUUGAGGCUCAAUCUGAGUCAUCUGCUACGUAUUGGCGGUCGCAAUUGGAGGGUUCGGUUGUUUCUCGAUUUCCCCGUCUUCCUUCCGACUCAUACACGCCUGCCGCCAAGGCCAGUUUGAUUCAAACUGUUCCAUUUCUUCACUCAAUGACUGAGAAUGAGCAGUCCGCUGCCAUUGAGCUGGCGUGGGCAUUGUUACUCUCUAAGUGCAUCAACUCGCAAGAGGUCACAUUUGGCGUGACACUUACAGGCCGACUGGAGCAUCUUCCGGGAAUUAAGGAUAUGUCAGGCCCAACAAUUGCGACCAUUCCCUUCCAUGUUCAGCUUCCUCUUGAUCACUCCGUUGGAUCAAUUUUGAAGUCUCUCAGGUCUACUGCCGAUGAUAUGCUCCCAUUUGAGCAGCUUGGACUGUAUCAAAUCGGUCGUCUUGGUGCAGAAGCUUCUGCCGCGUGUCAAUUUCAGACUCUUGUUGUGAUCCAAUCACCUCCCCAAUAUCAAUAUGAUUACCUUUCCGAAACCACUCAUGACCACAACCUUCUCAACCAUGCAACAUUUGGGACUUAUCCAGUGACUUUGGUCUGUGAUUUAGCGAAGGGAUCUGUACGUGUCCAAGCAGUAUACGACGAUACUCUUGUUCCUCCGACGCAGAUGCAGCGAAUAUUGAGUCAAUUGAGCACGAUAUUGCAACAAAUGACGGAAUCCGCUGAGUAUAGCUCUAUCGCUUUGAAGGAUGUUAAAACUAUCAGCGAGGAUGAUAUGCAGCAGCUAGAGCAUUGGAAUGGCCAAUUGCCUCCUAAGGUAGACUGCUGUCUGCACGAGUUGAUUCUCGAGCACUGUGAAAAGCAGCCUGGCCAGCCGGCUGUCUGUGCAUGGGAUGGAAACUUCACAUACAGGGACAUUGAAGAUAUGUCACGAAAGCUGGCCGCUCAUAUGUUUCACUCACUAUGCGUGCGACCUGAGAAUUUUGUACCUGUGUAUUUUGAAAAGUCCAAAUGGACAACCGUUGCAAUUUUGGCGGUCAUGAGAACCGGGGCUGCAUUUGUGCUGUUGGAUCCGGCUACGCCGCUAGCUCGCAAUAAGAGUAUCUGCGAAAGGGUCGGUGCCCGUUGUGUCUUGUCCUCUGUCUCCCUUGUUUCAGCGGCGGCGUCCCUCGCAGAUAACAUCAUUCCUGUGGGUCCAGAAGAGGGCAUCUUUGCAGAAAAUCCUUUGAAAAAUCCUUCUGAUUCUAUGCACGGUGAUAUUGAUCCGGCUGGCUUUUCUUCUUCCAAUGCUCUAUAUGCGGUUUUUACCUCUGGAUCAACUGGAACACCCAAGGGCGUGGUUAUCGAGAACGGGUCCUUUGCAACAAGCACUAAGGCAUAUUUGCAAAGAUGUGACAUUCGCAACGAUACUCGCGCUUUGCAAUUCGCUUCCUAUGCAUUUGAUGUUAGUAUAUCAGACACUCUUGUCACUUUGGUUGCGGGAGGAUGUAUUUGCGUACCUUCGGAGGAGGAGCGAAAAUCCGACAUUGCCUCAGUGGUGAGAAAGUAUGAUGUGAACUGGGCUGAUUUCACCCCAUCCUUGCUUCGUCACCUCCCUCCUGACCAGAUGCCUUCUCUUCGAUCUAUUGUCCUCGGUGGAGAACCGUUAUCUCAGAUUGAAAUUAAUACUUGGGGCACGCAUGUGAGAUUGCUGAACAUCUACGGCCCUGCGGAGUGCUGUGUCCUGUCUACCAUCCAGACAAAUGUCACUCGUACAACUGAUCCACGUGACAUUGGAUUUGCAGCUGGAUGUGUCUGUUGGGUUGUAGAUCAUGAAGAUCCCAAUCAGCUUAUGCCUAUCGGGGCAGUUGGUGAGCUUAUACUUGAAGGUGCAAUUGUCGGGCGCGGCUAUCUGCAAGAUGAAGAGAAGACUGCAGCUUCUUUUAUCGGUGAUCCCUCUUGGAUCAAGAGGUUUCGACCCACUGGUACUUCCUCUCGCUUCUAUCGCACUGGUGAUCUGGUUCAGUAUACCAACCAAGGCUCUCUGCGAUUUGUUGGUCGGCGAGAUGUGCAAGUGAAGCUGCGCGGACAACGUGUGGAACUCGAAGAGGUUGAGUAUCACACCCGCAAUUCUUUCCCAAAUGCAGAGGAGGUUGUCGCAGAUGUCCUAUCUCUUGACGGUCGUCCAAAAGAGCUGGUGGCCUUCGUUGCACUGAAAGAAAUGGUCGGUGAUGGUUCAUUAACAGCGCCAUUCCUCCCAGCCACCACAUCCUUCCAUAGCUCCGUCAGCACAGCGAAUGAGAGUUUGUUCAAACUUGUGCCCAGUUUCAUGAUUCCAUCUCUCUACGUUUCCGUCACCCAUAUCAUGAAAACGAUGUCCGAUAAAACUGACCGUCGACGGUUGAGAGAAAGUGCCAUGACUUUAGCCAAAGAUCAAGUGGCGAGCUAUUGUCUUCCUCCUAGCAAUGCCACAAAGCGUCCACCUCAGUCGGAGACAACUAUCAAAAUGCAAAGAAUUUGGGCCGAUGUGUUGCAGAUCCCUCUAGACAGAAUCGGGUUAGACGAUGGGUUCUUCAAUCUUGGAGGUGACUCUAUCACAGCUAUGAAAGUCGCUGGUAAGGCUAAGUCACAGGGAUUGGUCUUCUCCAUGUCAGAUCUUUUCCAAAGAACAAGUAGCUUGGAGUCGGUCGUGGAGCAAGCAGCAGGGACAACCGCGACUGCCAUAUGGGAUUGGUUAAAGGAAUCUACCAUCGAAUCUGACGUUGUCUCCUACUCCAGGAAGAACAGAAUUUGUCUCACGGGAUCAACCGGAUUCCUUGGUCAGGAACUCCUGCGCGUCGCAAACAACAACCCCGAUAUCCAGGCAAUCCACUGCCUUGCAGUGAGAGCUCAAGGUGCGGGUAUCGCAAGAAAGUCCUCAUUACUCAAGUCAGACAAGAUCAUUUACCACACUGGGGACCUGAGUCUACCCAAUCUUGGUAUGACUGCUGAGUCUCUCUCUUCUGUCAUACAGGAGUGCACUGUAAUUAUUCAUUGUGCCGCAGAUAUUUCAUUUGUCAAGACUUACGAGCUCCUCAAAACAACAAACGUUGGUGCCACAAAAGUGCUUGCCCGUCUUGCCCUUGAACACUCCGUCCCAUUCCACUUUGUCUCCAGUGCAGCCAUGUCCCACUGGGCUGAGCUCGACAAGUUUGGGGAGAUUUCAAUGAGAAACUACCCGCCACCUUUGGAUGGUAGCGAGGGGUAUUUGACAUCCAAAUGGGUCAGUGAAACUUACCUGGAAAACUGCAACAAAAUUCAUGGUCUCCCAGUCACCAUCCACCGUCUAUCAAGUGUUGUUGGUCCCGGUGCUCCUGAACUGGAUAUUACCAACAAUUUUCUGAAAUAUGCAUGUAAAUUGCGCGCCGUUCCAAAUCUGCGCGGUUGCAAGGGGUACGUCGAUUUGGUUUCCGUCCAAACCACUGCUACGAAUGUCCUGGCGGAUGCACUUUCAGGAGCUAGUGAGACCGCACCAGUCAAAAUCAUCAAUGAGUCUGGCGAGAUUCAAGUCAAAGCCAGUGGACUGAAAGAGUAUCUUGAAACCGAACGACGCGAAGAUCAGUCCUUCCAGGAACUUGAGUUGCACGAAUGGGUCGCAUCCGCACAGGAACAGGGCAUGCCUGACCUCGUCGCCAAAUUUCUCCUUUCUAUGCCUCCAACAGAAAUUGACAUUGCGAUGCCUUUCUUGGAAACAAGUCGUAUCUAUGAUCGGACGGGGUCUAUGUGCAAGGAGAGUGGACCGUUAAUGUUCCUGCUCUGA